AUGAGCUCCUUCGCGAACAAUGGCGGGAACUACAGGAACAGGACACUGGGCACAUCACCCAAAUGCCAAAACAUAAACCACAAGGUAACCUCGGUGGAGAACGGGCCCUCCGUUUUCUGCACGCUCUGCGCUUUACCGUACAACGCCAAAAUUAGACUGAACCCCUGUUUUCAUGUAAUCUGUAGCAAAUGUUACGAGCUGUGUGCACAGCAACAAGCCUGUCUUCUGUGCAAUGUAGAAAUAAAUGAUGUGGAGUUUCUUUUCAUCGGUGAAAAUAUCUUUGUAUGUCCUUAUGGUGACUGCAAAAAGGGCUUUCUCAAUUUAAAGUGUUUCCAUUAUCACAUUCACUUCAAGCAUCAGUUUAUGAAGUUAGGAAAUUAUUACACCGAAGAUAGAAGUAGCAGUAGCAUUAGCGAUCGCCAGAAUGCACGUGGAGAUACUUUGUCCUUCCCGAUCAAUGAGCCUUUUUCCACCUCCUUUUUUUCAAACAAUGAUGGAUUAAAUGCUUACACCGCCAGUAACGAGGAUGAUCAGGAAUUUAAUUAUGAAUCUGCAAAGAAUGAACCAAGUGGAAGCGCAACCAACAUUACCAUAAGUCGUGCCCCCGGUAUGAAUGUCUCGCGUGGUGAUACCCUCCCCCCGGUAAGGGACACACCCUUCAACGUACACAGUAACCCAAUUAACAAUUUUACCGUGCAAAGCAAAAACUUAAGUUUACAAAGUAGUAUGCCCCUUGGUGGAGGUGCCAUAAACACGAACGAGAAAAAUGCCUCCGGGGAAAAUUUCUCUACCCCCAUGAUGCAGUUCACAGGCAAGUGGGAUUAUGGUAACGUACCCUUCAAGUCAGAUUUUAAUACGUUUAAUAUGCCCCCUAACAGUGAUGCUCUUGCCCCCAGUAAAAACAACUCCCUUGGACCCAGUGGGAAGGAGAACGAGGAGGACGACUACGACAAUCUCGAGGAUCUCAUGUGA